UCUUAUAGCCUCCAUAAUCAGACUUAGAAGAGAGAGAGAGAGAGAGAGAGAUAGAAACCAGACACCCUAGACAGCGACACAGACCAGAGACGGGAAGGUCGAAAAUGGUGUCGGGGUCGGGUAUCUGCGCGAAGCGCGUCGUGGUGGACGCGAGGCACCACAUGCUCGGCCGUCUUGCCUCGAUCGUCGCGAAGGAGCUUCUGAACGGCCAGAAGGUCGUGGUCGUCCGCUGCGAGGAGCUCUGCAUAUCGGGAGGACUCGUGAGGCAGAAGAUGAAGUACUUGCGCUUCCUCCGCAAGCGCAUGAACACCAAGCCCUCUCACGGCCCCAUCCACUUCCGCGCCCCCGCCAAGAUCUUCUGGCGAACCGUUCGCGGAAUGAUUCCGCACAAGACCAAGCGUGGAGCUGCUGCGCUAGCUCGGUUAAAGGCUUACGAGGGAAUUCCGCCGCCUUACGAUAAGAUCAAGAGGAUGGUCGUCCCCGACGCUCUCAAGGUGUUGAGGCUUCAGAAGGGGCACAAGUACUGCUUGUUGGGUCGGCUUUCGUCUGAGGUUGGGUGGAACCACUAUGACACCAUAAGGGAACUUGAGAAGAAGAGAAAGGAGAGGGCUCAGUUGGCAUACGAGAGGAAGAAGCAGCUGAACAAGCUAAGGACGAAAGCUGAGAAGGCAGCAGAGGAGAAAUUAGGCUCCCAAGUAGACAUUCUUGCUCCGGUCAAGUACUGAAUAUUAUUACAAACUUGUUAGCGUCCUACAAUUUUGUUGAGAUUGUGUCUUUCUCUUCGGUUUUUAGUUUCUUUUCUUUGAUCCAAAGACUUGGACCCCCCAAUUCUGAAAGUUUUUGAAUGACCACCUUGUUUUUCUGUUUCAGAGUGUAGAGUGUUUCUUAUUCGACUUCUAUAUACUUCAGUCACAACCUGCAAUUGCAUUUGGCUUGCC